GGCUUCUCUCAGUGACUGGUGCACCCUACGUGCGAGCGAGCGUUUUUCGUCGUGGUGCUCGUCCGUUUCGUCGGGAGAGCAGAAAAAAAAAGAGAGAACGGAAAGAGAGGAAUAGGAGAGACAGCCUCGGUGUUGUGUGUAAACGUAUGUGCGCGUCCUUUCUUUAUAACCUGGCACCAUUUGCUCGUUUAGUGUUCGUUUAAAUCGUCGCGGCGGUUCGUCGUGAAACGCGACGCGCGCGCGCGCUCUCUCCGUCGGAAAUUGCGUUGCACGCCGGCGGCGCGUUACCGGCGCCGGUGACCCUGACAUUCGAGGAGCCGGCGGGCGAGAACACACUCGUCGCCUCGCGCGCGCAGGAGCAACAUCGUGCUGUAUUUUGAGUUCGGCGACGAGCAAGUGAACGAGAAUAGAGACGUGGAAGAACAGUGAUCGCGAAAAAUAGUGCACGGACGAACGACAAGAUUCACGUUCGGAAUUCGUAUCCUACGAGAGACUUUUGCGUUUUAUCGCGGCGCGGUGUGUCGCGGUCCAGCACGGUGACCUUGACUUCGAUGCGCCAGCGCGUCGACGGAAACGUUAAAGAACGUCACGUCGUAUUUCGUGCGGUGUUUUUCAACGUUGUGCUCGUCGUAUCGCGCGAGCCGGCGAUCUUGCUGUGACACGUAACGACGAAUGACCUUGACUCUUCGGGCAGGCGGCGCCUUGAUUUCAUCGAGUCGUGAACCUGUCGGACGCGAGAUCGGUUUCUGCCGCUUGAUCUCACGUCUUGUUUGUCGUCGUGUCUCCAUCGUGCGAGGUGAAUCGAUCGAAGAUGAAGAAAUAAGACGGAACUGACCUUUGUGAUCGCAACGAAGCGCGUGUUCGCCCACUUGCACCGCAUUAUCUACAAUUUUCGAGCCUACCGCGAGGUCAUUCAUCGAAAAACAACGCCCGAGAAUUAGUGGAAGAGAAUACACGCAAGUCCGGGCAUCUAUGGCACCGCGGCGUCACGCCAACAGCCACGGCGGCGGCCUCCUGGAGAACGGGGGCGGCGCCGGUGGCGGUGGCGCUGGCAUUAACGAUCCCAUGGACAACUUAUUAGGUCCAAGCCAGACGACGCGUUGCUGCACACCGACAGGCGAAUGUCUACGAGGUGACAGCCUCAUUCGUCUGAACGCACUGCACGAUGCGGUCAAGGUAACUUGCAACAAUGAUAACUGCCCGGUCGGCCAGUUCAUGCACCGCGAAUGCUUUGACGCCUGGGAACAGACGGUGCUGACGUAUUUGAAGAGCUGCGGUCGCGCGCGCAGCUGGUCCGAGCGUCAGCGUCAUCAGAACCUCUGGACCAAAAAGGGUUAUGAUCUCGCGUUCAAGGCGUGCGGUUGCCGCUGCGGCCGCGGCCACCUGAAAAAGGAUCUCGACUGGAUGCCGCCCGGUCUCGGCAACGUGCCCGGCAAUCGUCCCGACGAAAACGAGGCGAAGAAGAAGAAGCGGCGCAACCGGCAGAACACUAGACCGAGUUUGGCCGUGUCGGCUGGCCCGCCCAAUCACGGUAAUCACGUCGUCGCCGCGAACGGUCGCGGCACCACCGAGGCGCAGAUGAUCGAGUCGGGUCGCGGUAGGGCCGGUUCCCUGUCAUCCAGCACCGGCUCCAGCUCGCCACCGGCCACCAGCGAGCCUAGCGUCAGCCCGCUUCACCAGCCUCAGGCGAUCAUGAAAAAGAAGAGCAAGGUCGAUUUCUUCAGCGACCGUGCUAGACAAAGUUGCGGCGCCAACGGCAUUUUCUCGCGUCGUUUGGACUUCAGCGCUUUCAACAGUCUGCCACGCACCAAACUGAACUCCUAUCACAUCAAGAUGGAAGACGAAGGCAAUCACGGUAACGAUGAUACCAGAUGCUUCAUCCUGUCGACAUUGGCCGCCCUACAGUGGUCUAGAGUUACGUGCGUUCUUUGCCGCGCUGCUAUGCUGGUCUUUGAUAGGUAUCCGUUGGUGGACGGCACAUUCUUCUUGUCACCCAGACAACACUCGCCCGCUUGUGCUGAGGUGAAGGUCGAAGGUCGCACGCAAUUUUUGUCAGCCGUGUGCAUGAGCUGUUUGGAGGGCAGCGGCGGACAACCCGUACGCUGUCGUUUCUGUACUCAACCGUGGGACGGUUCGAGCUUGGUCCUCGGCACUAUGUACAGUUACGAUAUCUUCGCUGCCAUGCCUUGCUGCAGCGAGCGACUCAAGUGCAACAGCUGCCAGAAACCCCUGAUCUACCCUCAUCAGCGGCUGAACUUCUACUCGGACUACAGCCGCGUCUUCGCCUGCCCGCACUGCAGGGCGGUCGACGCCCACUUCGUGAAGCCACUCUCGGCUUGCUUCACCCGCGAGCAAUUUCAGCUCUACAGCCAGUGGCCGUAACCAUUAGAGAACUUAGCGAACCGCCGCCGUUUGCGCACCGCGGCCGACCUGUAUCCCCUCUUUUACAAAUCGAUCUCCUUGUUCCGGACGACCGUGCUUUAGAAAUCCUCUCUCUUCGACUCCGUAAGAGAUUUGACAAUGGCGAACGCGUUCGGGGGCCGCGGUCUUUCCCAGCGCGUAUUGUCGAUCGAAUCCACCGAUGUUAUUACUCUUAAUUUGCUUUAGGAGGUCUUUUUAUUUCGAUUAAUAGCUGAUUAUUUCGUUUAAUCUUUUAGGAAUCUUUGUUUUCGAAACAGCCGGAAACGAUGAACAAAUCAACGGCUGUGUUCUUCAAUAACGCGUGUUUUAAUUCACAUUUUCGCGUUUAGCACAAACGACGGUAUGCGCGAGCCCCUUAGCGCGUUCUUCGUAGUACUAAUAAAAUUUAAGAUAUUUCUUUUUAACGGCGACUGUAGGUUUGUCUAGCUUGAUUUUAAACGGGAGACGCCGAAUCGGCGACCUCGCCGACUGUUUUGUUCGACGAUGCGGACGAGAAUCGCAAAACUAAUGCAUUUUCUUUUCUCCAUAUAUUGCUGUUUAAGUUUCUACGCAUUUAUCGUGCGAUUCGUUGAAUGAGUGGCAAUUAAUUUUUUAGUAAUAUAUCUACAUAUUUUAAUCAUUAUAUAUUUCUCGGAUGUAAGUCUGUAAUUAAUUAGUGAAAUUUUUUGUUGGAAAAAUUCGUUCGACUACUAGCAGAAUCAUCUUAGGUGAUUUUAGGCGAAUGAUUUCGAAAAUUUCGAAUAAGUGGCAAUUUCGUCGUCUCCCGUUUUAUAGUUAAAUUUCUUUAAAGAUAAGAAAAAUACAAAAAAUUUAGGCAGAGAUAACACAAUAUUAGACACGGAAAAAAAGGUCGAUUCCCUUUAUUGUAAACGUGUAUAAAAAAAAAAAGAAGAAGAAAAGGCUACUUUCUAGGAAAGAUUGAGAGGGGGAAAGAAAGAUGAAAUAACUAUCGUUUGUUACUUAGAUAAUCGAGAACGUUGUUUUUUUUACAUUUUAUUAGUUUAUACGUUUAUGGCGGCCAUGUUGAUUUUGUUUAAGGAUCUACGACUCAUUCGAUGGGUUUCAACGUUGAUUCGAUCGGGCGCGCGUCGCGACUUUCCGCGACUUGAGACAGGAACGUUACCAAAGGACAGACAAAAUUCGCGCCAAUCGGUAAAAGUAAAUCAUCAAAAGGAAGAAACCAAUCGGUCGAGACCACGGACUAAGGAAUAAAGGGGACCGAGUCUAAAGUCCUAGUUUAGGCGAGAGGGGAUGGUAAUUCAAGCGUGCGGGGGAGGACUGCUUUCCGCCAUAUUGAUGUAGCGAUUCUCACACAGAGAUUCUGUGUCUGUGACAUGGUUACACUCGUGUAGUGGUGCCACUAGACAUAACGAGUGACAAGCGUAAAGAGGUUAGGCGGUUUCAUUAUUGUUGUACUAUAAAUUUUAUAAAAAAUGGUUAGAUAUAUAGUACCAGGCUGCUCCAUAACUAAUGAAAAAAAUGAAAGGAAAAGCGAACUUCAAAAAACAUUAGAGCAAAAUUUAAAAAUUAGUUUACAUAGAUAAGAAGUUCAUCUUAUUAUUUAGAUUAGGUUCCAAAACGUUCUUUUCAAGGAAAAUUUUAGAAAUAUAUACUACACGUAAUGUAUACUAUAUUAUAUCGAGUAAAAUUUUUCUUGGAGAAGACAUUUUGAAACAUUAUCUUACUACAUAAUUUUAUUCACACAUACGCAAAUAGUGAGUUCUAUGUGUGGUGAUUACUAAACGAAUAUGGCCGCCCCCCCCCCUCCCCCGCCGCAAAUGUGCUCCCCCGGUACAGCUUGUGCUCCGUCCCUCUAUUCCUUAGUCCGUGGUCGAGACGGACUUUCGCUCUCGCUGUGUACACACGGUUCUCUCAGUUUAGACGAAAAACGAACGGCACCAGCUCUUCGGUUCUGUCGUCCCUCGAUCGACCAUCGGACGAUUCUCGCGGAAAGUCGUGAUCGCCCGAGGAGUAGCCAGUGUAUAUAAACAUAUUAAGUGGGAGAGAGAAGCAAAAUAUAUGGAGAGAAGAGAACCUUCUUUUUUUCUGGCGAUGCUGGUCGUUGCUGUCCACCAAUAGCGGCCGUCCCACAAACAGACCGCCCACCGUUCUCAUGGUAGUAUAGUCGAUCGUGUACCUUUUUUACGUUACUUCGAUUUAAAAAAAGUAUACUUAAUCCAUACGUCGGGAAGUGUGUCUAGGAGGUAAUGCAGUGCCCCGUGUGUAAAGGUACAAUUUCAUGCAGCGAAGCUUCGCUGGCCAAGUUCUCCCACUUCGCCGAUUCGUGUGAAAA